AUGCAGGGAGCCGGAGCCCCCAGGCGCCGGGGCCCCUACUCCAGGGAGAUAGGCGCUCUGGGCCGUCCCGGGGUCAUACUACUCACCUAUGCGCUGGUGACCCUGGGGCUCACCUGCCUCUUCAUGCGGUUUUCCAUCAUGCCGUACCUGACCCGGAGGCUGGGCCUGGACUCCGUCGCCUUCGGCCACCUGCAGACCACCUUUGGCGCGCUUCAGCUGCUGGGCGGGCCCGUGUUGGGCAGACCGACACUGGGCACAAUAGUCCCUUUCAUGCCGGGGACCCCUGCUCCCUGGGUCCCUGCCCGCCUCUUCCACGAAUUCUGGUUUGUGGCCAAAGAGGGGAUUGUCCUGGCAAGGCUGUCGUGGCUGGAAACGUCCAGCAUUGCCGAGCUGGGGGUCCCACCAGCGACGCCCCUGGACCCCCACUCCUCCACCGGCCUCAGCGCUGCUGGGGCGUUGGGCUCAGGGACAUGA